AUGUCGACACCACAACAACAACAGAUCAUUCAUUUCAAACUGGACAAGGCUCAACUGAUCCAAGCCUUCCCUCCCAAGUUUAUGAACAAGAAUAAAAACUUUCUCUAUUCAUUGCAUCAUCAAGAGGAUCAUGAGGACGGUUAUGAAGGAGAAUUGAGUUAUAGUCGAUACCGAGCCUUGCAACGACCUAAAUUGUUCAACAAGGUUGCGAUGAAUCAAUGCCAAGUAAUUGUUUCUCCUGAUAUAUUCCAAUACAAUGAAAAAGUUAAAGAAGAUGAAGAAGAAAAUAAUAUUGGAUCAAGCUCUUCAAGCAGUUCUUCAUCAACAACAACAACAACCAAACAUUGGUAUGUGAACUUUGCAGAUGCUCGCUUGUUUGUCGCUUGGACAGGAUCACUGUUUGCACAGGAUGAAAUUCAAGUGGCUGAGCAUCCAAUUUUGGCGAGUCUGGCCUUAUAUUUAGCCAAGAUGAGUAGAGAUGACACCAAAUACACUCCAGUGACAGUUCAGUCCAUGCCUACUCCGGUAUUGAUUCAGAAUGUGGAUCGACGAGUGGCUGUUGAUGUUACAAAUUUUCCAAUCUAUGGAAAUAAUUUUGCGCGAGCUUCUGAAGAUGUCAUUCGCAAAGCAUCAACUGUGAUGGACAUUAAGACAACUCGAAAAUCGAAUAUUUUAGCAAUUGCUGCACCAAGUGGAGGUUACGGAGAGUACAAAAUGAGUGAAAUAUUGAACAUUUUCGAUACAGCCUAUACCGGUUUCAAAGCAUGUAAGGACGAGAGUUCACAAGCUGGCUGUUCUGUCACCGUGGUUCAUACAGGACAUUGGGGAUGUGGUGCAUUUGGAGGCAAUAGAGAAUUAAUGGCCAUUCUGCAAAUACUGGCUGCUCGUGUGGCACAAGUUGAUUACUUAUUUUAUCAUGCCUUUAAUAAGGAUGGAGUAACUGCAGUUCAAAAUGCUCAAAAAUAUCUUGACCAGCUAUUGGGUACUCAAGAAUUGGACCCAAAUAACGAGAGCAACUCAGUUCCUUUGAAUGACAUUUUCAUGCAAAUUGUAGAGAAGCGAUAUUUUUGGGGAUUCUCAGAUGGAAAUUAA